AUGGUCUCAAAUGUUAAAAUCGCAUCACUGUUAUUAAUGAUUGUACUUAUUGAUCUGGGCCAAGCAGCAUUUAGUAGAGUACCACCACCACCAAGACGUCCAGAUCAUCUUCUUUCAAGAGAGGAUUUGAAACGUUAUUUACAAAAAGUUCAUGAAUAUCAUUCAAUUCUUGGUCGAUGGCGUCUUCGACGUGAAUUUGAUAACAAUUUAUCUUCACAUACUUUCAAUGAUGAUAUAAUUAAAAAUAUUGACAACAAUCAUGAUGAUGUUAAAACAACUAUAAAUUUGCUCAAGAAUUAA